CGAACAAUAUGGACGUCAAUGAAACGAAAAUCUAUAAAUACCAAUGGGACGGAAAAGGCAAUGGCGUCGACAAUUGGUUCCUCAUGGGGUCUCCCAUUCCCGUGAUGACGAUUAUGAUCUCGUAUUGGCUCUUUGUAUUGAAACUAGGACCUAUGUAUAUGAAGAACAGAUCCCCUUACCCCCUUGUUAAUAUAUUAGGGGUAUAUAAUGUGAUUCAAGUGAUGAUCUCUUUCCUUAUAUGUUAUCAAGGAACUACAUUUUUGUGGAAUAAUGGAGUAUUGCAGACUGAAUGUAUAAUGGAGAAGGCAGAUUUAAAGAAAACUGCUACAAUAGGCACAUACACGUACUUCCUGGCAAAAAUAACAGAACUCCUCGACACGAUAUUCUUCAUACUCCGCAAGAAGUACAAUCAAGCGAGCUUCCUUCACAUAUACCAUCAUUCCUUUACCGUUUUAAGCACUUGGGCGAUACUGAAAUAUGAACCUAAUGUCAAUGCGGUUGUAUUCCUGGGGACUAUCAACUCGUACGUCCAUAUUGUGAUGUAUGCGUAUUAUGGGCUGUCAGCUUAUCCAGAACUAGCGAAGUAUCUAUGGUGGAAGAAGUAUAUAACUAAAAUGCAAUUGAUACAAUUCGUCCUAAUUUUAGCGCACUUUUUAACAGAAUACAAGCUAGCCAAAUGUAAACCCUCCUACGUAGUAACAACGCUUGUGUGUGGAAAUUUAUUAUUAUUUGUUUAUUUAUUCACUGAUUUCUACAUGAAGACAUACAAGAACCAAUCUGAAGAAAAUAAUAAUAAGAGCUCUAAGAAAGUAGAUUAGCGUAUUAUUAUCUAGAUUUAAGGAAACACCGCUUUAAUAUUAUACAUUUUAUUUAUUU